AUGAACAAUGGUAUCUCGUUCUACAGGAAAAUUCUCAACCCAGUCACUGGUAAAGAGAUCUGGUAUUAUGAGGUGGAGAUUAAGCCCUUCACUCAGCAAGUCUAUCCAAACCUUCGUGCUGCUAAACUCGUUGGAUACGAUGGCAUGUCUCCGGGCCCGACUUUCAUCAUCCCCAGGGGUACCGAGAGUAUAGUUCGGUUCAUCAACAAUGCUGAAAUGGAGAACUCCGUCCACCUGCACGGUUCUUACUCCCGUGCACCCUUUGAUGGAUGGGCCGAGGACGUGACCUACCCCGGAGAGUAUAAGGACUACUACUAUCCUAACCAGCAAUCCGCGCGCAUGCUUUGGUAUCACGACCAUGCAAUGGGAAUUACGGCCGAGAAUGCAUACAUGGGGCAGGCCGGUGGAUACAUUGUUACAGAUUCGGCGGAGGACGCUCUUAAUCUCCCGAGCGGCUAUGGCGUAUAUGAUAUCCCUUUGAUUCUUUCCUCCAAGCAGUACAACAGCGAUGGCACCUUAUUCUCAACCGAAGGAGAGGAAGAUAGCCUUUGGGGAGAUGUUAUACACGUUAAUGGCCAGCCUUGGCCUUAUCUAAACGUGGAGCCCCGCAAGUACCGAAUCCCAUUCAAUGUGAUUGCGUCUGAUGCUGGACUCCUCGCUCACCCUGCCCAGGUUGCUAAUAUAGGCUGGGGGAUUGGGACCGAUGAUGAUUAUGCGAACACAGAUAAAGUCAUGCGCUUCAAUGUUGCCGCUGGUCCACUUACCAACCCUGACACGUCCACAGUCCUUAAUGACCUCCGCGUGGUUCCAUUUCCAUCUCAAACUGAUAACAUAAUUGAUCACCACUUUCGCUUCCACCGCACCAACAGUGAGUGGCGCAUCAAUGGUGUCGGGUUUGCUGACGUUCAGAACCGUGUCCUCGCAAAUGUCCCUCGCGGCACGGUUGAGCUCUGGGAACUUGAAAAUAGAUCCGAUGGCUGGACUCAUCCCAUUCACGUUCAUCUUGUUGAUUUCAAAGUCGUGUCAAGGAGCGGAAAUCGAGGUGUCAUGCCCUACGAGGCCGAGGCACUUAAGGAUGUCGUCUGGCUUGGCCGAGGAGAGACGGUAGUAGUUGAGGCACACUACGCCCCCUGGGACGGAGUCUAUAUGUUCCAUUGUCACAAUUUGAUCCAUGAGGACCACGACAUGAUGGCCGCCUUUAAUGUCACUGCCCUCCCUAACUUUGGCUACAAUGAAACAUCUUACAUCGAUCCAAUGGAACCCCGCUGGAGAGCUAAACCGUACACUAGGGCCGAGUUUACUGGCCGUUCCGGGCCCUUUAGCGACGAGUCCAUUAUAGAGCGCGUCCAGUUCAUGGCCAGUCUGGACCCGUACAGCCAUGUUAAUGACGUUGACAGGGCGCUUGAAGAGUAUUGGGCCAGCCAACACAGCCCUCGCGAACUCAAUUCCGACACGCUCGCCGGCUCAAUCCCGCGAUAUCGCCGGUUUCAAGUCUAG